AUGGACGCGGAACGCGCUUUGCCCGAGAAGAGGAACCCUCUGGUCGAGGAGAAACACACUCCGCAAAUUGAGAUUUUGGUUGAAAGACGUCGAUUGGGACAGACGGAGCUCACAGUCAAGGCUGGUCAAAUCGGCACUUCCAAUGCGACAAAGCCCUCCAACCUGGGCAUGUUCGACUACGCCCACUUGCGCGUACCUCUUCCCAAGGACUUGCAAGGAAGCGGCAUCUUCGCCCCGUCGCGCCGCAAUCAUAUUGCCAGNAGACGCUCCACCGACGGUUACAUUAGCGCAACCGGCAUGUACAAGGCCGCUUUCCCCUGGUCAUCGCUCGAGGAGGAGGAAAUUGAGAAGAAGUACAUCAAGUCGCUCUCCGAGACCGACAGCGAGGAGAUUGCUGGCAACGUGUGGAUCCCCGCAGAGUCAGCUCUGACUCUCGCCGAGGCAUACGGUAUGCGUGCUUGGAUUGAGGCCCUGCUGGACCCCGAGCCCAUCGCUAAGGGAACUCACGACCCCAACAAGAACAUUGCUACACCUCCGCGUUUCCUCCUUCCUACCUCGGAAGCCACCACUCUCCCUCCUCCAACAGAAACCACCUCUCGCCGCCGUACUCUUCGUUCUGCCUCACCUGCAAAGGCUCCUCCCACUCCCAGCCGCAAGAUCGCAACUCCCAGAAGGACCCGACGCGCAAAGCCUGCAACGUCGAGUGCGCUUGCCCCUACCGCUGAGAGCGCCGAGGAGUCUGCUGCACCAGAAACUUCGCUUGAGCCCGAGUCCGUCAAGUUCGACUCAAUAAUCGCUUCUAGCGAAGCAGCAGCAAAGGCAGACGCAGAAGCCGCACUUGCAGAUGAGAUCCCUGUGACCCUCAGUGCUCGCUCUGGCGACACAGUCCAAGUUGACAUUGAGACCACCACGGUGCCCGGUAUCAAUGGUGCUAGCCCCACUGAGAGUGUGCGUGCUGUAGUAAAUGUACCAGCCACCCACCCAGACCUUGCACAACCCAGCGAUCCUCAGGCUUACCUCGACAUGGCCAAGGAAUCUAUCGUUGCCGCACACAAGCUGACAGCUAGCCGCACUCCUGGCAAGAAGCGCAAGGCCCUCGAAGCAUUCGAAGAUGACGAUGAAUCCAUCUCUGUGUUCCCUGAGUUCGACACAGUCGGGUCAUCUGCUGCAGUCGCUCCUAUAGAGGUUGACGAGCGUCCGGCCAAGAGACAACGUUUCACCGAGAUUGAGCUUCGUAAGGAGAAGAUCAAGAAGAGAGCAACGUUGGGAAUUUUGACCACUAUGGCUAUNGGGUGUCGCGGUGCCGUUUUUGGGAACCUACUUCCAACUGCUUUGAGAUUGAUUUGUCCCAAGGAACAGUUGCCCUUGUGA